AGCUUGAUACAUUUGAAUCAGUUGUACAGCCGGCUGCUUGAUACAUUGUAUCCUGUAUGAGAAGCUGAUCAGAGAACCAAUAAACACUAUCAAUACAGUCCAAACUACCCUCCCAUUUCUAGGAUCUGCUGCAGCUAUGCCCUCCUUCUAUAGUUUAAUGUGGAUGUGCCUGGUGCUGGCAGUGCCCCAUGGAGAAGCCUCAGUGCUGGCAGAGGAAGGGCUAUUGAAAGAAGACACAAUUGCUAAUUUAUUGAAAGAUGCGGAUGAAGAGUUGAUCCCUAAGAAGCCUCAGAUACAGUUCAAUGCGCACUUCACUGCCAAUCCCGAUGAGGGUUGUUACCUGGUCCCGGAACAUGACGAGUGUCUUCAGAACUGUCGCUACAACACGUCAGCAAAGACCUUCAUUGUCAUCCAUGGCUGGACGAUGUCUGGACUGUUCGAGGGUUGGUUGUAUAAGCUGGUGGGAGCUCUUCGGCUAAGGGAGCCGUACGCCAACAUCAUAGUUGUUGACUGGAUGUCUCUUGCUGAUCAACUCUACCCCGAUGCUGUCAAUCACACCAAGCUGGUCGGGAUGGAAACCGCCAUUCUGAUAGACUGGUUACAGGAGAAGGGAAAUAUGUCCCUUCAAAACGUCCAUCUAAUCGGUUACAGUCUUGGUGCGCACGUCGCGGGCUUCGCAGGAAAUUACAUUACGGGAACGCUUGGACGCAUUACAGGUUUGGAUCCAGCAGGACCGAUGUUUGAAGACGUAGAAGCUCACAAACGUCUCUCGCCUGAUGAUGCUGAAUUUGUAGACGUUCUUCAUACUUACACCAGGGAGGCGCUAGGAGUCAGCAUUGGCAUCAAGAUGCCAAUAGGCCACAUUGAUAUAUAUCCCAAUGGUGGAGAUUGCCAGCCGGGCUGUAGCCUGUCGGAUGUUAUUGGGGCAAUAGCCUAUGGAAAUAUUGGGGAGGCCGUAAAAUGUGAACACGAGCGUUCUGUGCAUCUCUUCGUGGAUUCUCUCAUUAACAAAGACCAGGAAAGCUUUGCCUUCCAAUGCACGAACUCCAGUCGCUUCAAGAAGGGAAUCUGCUUGAGCUGUCGUAAGAACAGAUGUAACGCCAUUGGUUAUAAUGCUAAGAAAAGCACCAGUAAAAGAAACAUCAAGAUGUACCUGAAGACCCGGGCACAAAUGCCAUACAAAGUUUUCCACUACCAGCUCAAAAUGCAUAUCUUCAACUACAUGAACGAGCAGGAGACCUCUGAACCCACCUUCUCAGUCAUACUUGUUGGAACUGCGAACGAUUCCGUCCCUCUGUCCUUAAAUGUACCUGAGAAGAUUGGAUACAAUUUCACCAACACUUUCCUGGUGUACAGUGAACAUGAGGUCGGCGAUCUCCUGACCAUUAAGCUAAAAUGGGACGGAACUAAACAAUCGUGGUUCAGUUUCUGGAGCUCUAGUUUUUGGUAUGGGUCAAAGGGCAGCGAAAAAGAACUACAUGUCCGUCGAAUUCGUGUGAAGUCGGGAGAAACCCAGCAGAAGUUUACAUUCUGCCUGAAAGAUAUUACUGAAAGUCGUAUAGUGCCAGGUGGUGAACUGGUGUUUGAAAAAUGCAGAGAUGGCUGGGAAGUUAAGAGCAAAAAACGGGUGAGCCUAUAACAUCAUGGAUCAAUCACAUGGGUUCCUCAAUCCUUAAUCCUUACUAUGGGACAAGGUUACCAGCAAGUGGAACUCUACAUGAAGAUGUCUAUUUAUGAAGCACUGAAAACUAUGCUGCUUACUUUAACAAUGAAACCAGUCCUAGAUCCUUUCCUUUUGACCCUUUUUAAACCGUUUUUGGACGAUGCAGUCCUUGACCUAAUGGGGAGGCCAUUUUAUUAUACGAUGGUCCUUUAAUGAAGUUUACAUUCCCCUCUCCCAUACAUGAACUAUUACAAAGAAGGACUUUUGUUUUUAUGAAAGAACAAUAUGGAUUCAUGAGAUUAUAAUAAUCUGCUGCUGUUACUGUAUGUUAUAAGCCUGUUACUUUCCAGACACCCCCACCCUUACCCCCUUUUUUUUUGUACAGGUCUCGCUAGAAAAUGUAUAUAUUUAUAUUUUUAUAUAGUGUGAACUGUGGCAAGGGGCGUCGUAGUCCUUUUUUAUUUAUAUGGUUCAGCUGUUAACAUUGUAUAUGAAGAUCCAGUUGUCAGUAUUUUAUUCUAAUAGCUGAGCUGUGGUAGCCCAGUCACAUGGUGUUCCAUCCAUCCAUUUUUUUUCCCUUUGCGUUCCACACCCCCAAUAUGUAUAGAAUUACUGUUAGGUAUCAAGAUGGACUCCAUUUCUUCCCUAUGAGUUUCCAUGUUGCAUCCAUUCUCCAUCGUUACAUCUCAAUAUCAGUAGUUGGGCAUGGUCCAGAUGAGUUGGUGCUUUGGCUCAAGUCCUAUUCCAUUCAGACUAUGAUUUGAGCCUUUAGUUUUCUCAACAGGGAUUCUGUGUUGCAACAUUUUCCAAAGAGUCCAGGAGUGGGGGGGAACAUGGUGGUCCAGUCCUGAAGCUGUAAAUGGGCAAGUCUAAUGUGCUGUAUUACGGGGGGUCUCUAAGCUCCACAGGUCUGGGUAGCCUGCACUCUUAAAGGGGCUUUCACCAACCAGAAGUUCCAAGGCUCAUGAUACAUGUUGAUUGAGUUGGCAUGUACCUUGGGAUGAUACAUGAGCAGAGGAUUUCCUCAUCAAUCUUGUUGUAAAUACCUGUGUGUGUGUGUGUGUGUGUGUGUGUAUGUGUA